AUGCGACCGUUACUGUGCGUGUUACACGUGGGGUUGUCCGCCUUGUUUGCUGGCGAGAGGGGGGCGACGGCCGACGACGUGAUUCAUUUCUUAGCGGAGGCAGCACAUGAGGCUACGUUAUGGCUCAUCAGGGCUGGCCUAGCCGCUGCGACCCAACAUAGCUCUGGUGAUGGGACCCAAGGGCCUCAUCAGCCGCCUACUCGACUCCAGACCUGCAUUGCCUGCCCCACUCCCCCUCCUCUCUUCCCACUCUCCUCCCCCCAGCGCCCCACGAUAGCGCUGGUGAUGGGUCCCAAGGGUCUCAUCAGCCGUCUCCUCGCGCUUACUCUUAACAACGCCUGCCCUCGCCCCACCAUAGCGCUGCGCCCCACCAUAGCGCUGGUCAUGGGGUCCAAGGGCCUCAUCAGCCCGUUGGUCAUGGGUCUCAAGGGUCUCAUCAGCCGCCUCCUCGCACCCAAAUUCAUCGGCGUCUGUCCUGCAUUCGCGCUGGUCAUGGGGCCCAAGGGCCUCAUCAGCCGUAAUGCACAACGCGCUGCUCGUAGCGGCACUACGAAUGAUGGUGGGGUGGAGAAUGCUACGGCUUCAUCUCAUCCUUCCGUGCCUCCUUUGCCCGUUGGGGGUGGUGGUGAUGGCGAAGGCAUACACUCUACCUCUUCCAUGCCUACUUUGCCCAUCGGGGGUGGUGGUGAUGUCGAAGGCAUACCCUCUACUCCUUCCGUGCCUCCUUUACCUGCGGGGGGUGGACAUCAUGCAAACGGCAGCAUGUCAUUGCCUACAGCAUCACCGAGCACGAUGAAUGGCAUGCUAGAGGACAGGUGA